AUGGCGGGAUCUAUAGAGAUACCACUCCGCUAUACAGAUGAGGUCAUAGAACUUCAUUUAGAUCAGUUACCAGAUGGAGAUGAAGUUCUGGAGGUUCUGCGAGAGGAACAUGCUCAACUUAAUAUCUGGGUUAAUUUGGCUCUUGAGUAUUACAACCAACAAAAAAUUGAUGAUUUCAUUAAAAUACUUGAAUCUUCUCGUAUUGAUGCAAAUAUUGAUUAUCGCGACUAUGAAAAAGAUCAGAUGCGAGCCCUUAGUAUGUUGGCUGCCUAUUAUGUCCAGGAAGCCAACAAAGAAAAAAAUAAAGAUAAAAAAAGCGAUCUCUUUACAAAAGCCAAAUUAUUGUAUACAACAGCUGACAAGAUGUUCGUGUAUGAUCACAAUCAUUUGCUUGGUCGAGCUUAUUUCUGCCUACUCGAAGGUGAUAAAAUGGAGCAAGCUGAUGCACAAUUUAAUUUGGUACUGAAUCAUUCGCCAAAUAACAUACCUUCUCUGCUCGGUAAAGCUUGCAUUGCUUUUAACAAGAAAAAUUACAGAGGUGCACUUGCAUUUUAUAAGAAAGCCCUUAGAACUAAUCCAAACUGUCCAGCCGCUGUUAGAUUAGGAAUGGGGCAUUGUUUUAUGAAGUUGAAUAAUCAAGAGAAAGCGCGACUUGCAUUUGAGAGAGCUUUGCAACUGGAUGGACAAUGCGUCGGCGCGCUAGUUGGCCUUUCAGUCUUGAAAUUAAAUCAGCAACAACCUGACAGCAUAAGAACCUGCGUGCAAAUGUUAUCAAAGGCAUAUACGAUCGAUUCGACAAAUCCGAUGGUGCUAAAUCAUUUAGCAAACCAUUUCUUUUUCGAAAAAGAUUAUAAAAAAGUUGAACGUUUAGCGUUGCGUGCAUAUUAUAACACGGAAAUCGAAGCCAUGCGAGCAGAAAGUUGCUAUCAGUUAGCCAGAGUAUUUCACGCCAAAGGUAAAAAAUAUUUCGAUCAAGCAUUUCGAUGUUAUUAUCUGGCAACGCAGUUUGCUCCGCCUGUAUUUGUACUGCCAUAUUUUGGCUUAGGACAAAUGUAUGUUUCUUGUGGUGAUGAAGAAAAUGCAGCCCAUUGCUUCAAGAAGGUCUUGAAAGCACAACCAGGAAAUUACGAAACAAUAAAGAUUCUCGGUUCGCUCUACGCUAAUUCGAGUUCUCAGUCGAAACACGAUAUUGCAAAAAAUUACUUGCGAAAAGUAACGGAACAGUUUCCUGAUGAUGUCGUAGCUUGGAUCGAAUUAGCACAGAUAUUGGUGCAAAGUGAUUUAAAUGCAGCUUUGAAUGCUUUUGGGACCGCGACCAAGAUCUUGAAGGAAAUAGUUCAAGCAGAUAUACCGCCCGGGAUUUUGAACAAUGUGGGAGCGUUACAUUACAGAUUCGGUAACUUGGAGGAAGCCAGGAAAAAUCUAGAGGAAUCUCUAGAGGGAUCUCUGGCGCGUUCAAAAACAGAUGCUUUACAUGAUUCUAAAUAUUACAAUUCGAUAGCAGUGACUACGACGUAUAACUUAGCUCGACUUAACGAAGCAUUAUGUGUAUUUGAUCGAGCAGAGAAAUUGUACAAAGAUAUUUUAAAGAAACAUCCAAAUUACGUAGACUGUUAUUUGAGACUCGGCUGCAUGGCGAGAGAUAAGGGACAUAUAUACGAAGCGUCCGAUUGGUUCAAUGAUGCUUUGAUAAUCAAUAACAAACAUCCGGACGCAUGGUCAUUGUUGGGUAAUUUGCAUCUGGCCGAGAUGGAAUGGAGUCCUGGCCAGGAUAAAUUCGAAAGAAUUUUGAAAAAUCCGACCACGAGCACCGAUGCUUACUCUUUAGUAGCGUUGGGAAAUAUUUGGCUGCAAACAUUACAUCAGAGUGGAAAAGAUAAAGAAAGGAAGAAGCAUCAGGAUCAAGCAUUAGCCAUGUAUGAGCAGGUUUUGAGAAAUGACCCGAAGAACAUUUGGGCUGCAAAUGGUAUCGGUGCAGUACUCGCGCAUAAAGGUUGUGUAAAUGAAGCUAGAAAUAUAUUUGCUCAAGUGCAAGAAGCAACGGCAGAAUUCUGUGAUGUUUGGUUAAAUAUUGCGCAUAUCUAUGUGGAGCACGAACAAUUCGUCAGCGCUAUUCAAAUGUACGAAAAUUGUUUGUGCAAAUUCUAUGAAUACCAUCACGUUGAAGUUUUACAAUAUCUUGGACGAGCUUAUUUUAAAGCUGGCAAGUUAAAAGAAGCAAAACUGACGUUAUUAAAAGCGCGCAGAGUAGCUCCGCAGGAUACCGUCUUAUUAUACAAUAUUGCUCUUGUACUUCAACGAUUGGCCACACAGAUUCUUAAAGAUGAAAAAUCAAAUUUGACGACCGUACAGCAGGCAGUUCAUGAAUUACGUGUUUCACUCAAAUAUUUUCAGUAUUUGUCAGCGCCUGGCGACAAGAUGGACAAUCCUGAUUGGACAGGCGACAGGAUGGAACAUCUUGUUCGGAUGGCGGAAGCUGAAGCCAAGAGAAGUUACGAUUUGUUAUCACAAGCACGGAAUCAUGUCGCUAGAGCUGAAAGGUUGGAUGAGGAAGAUAAGUUGUUAAGACGUAAGCAAGAAGAAGAAAGACAAGCCUUCAAAAUGCGUCAGACGGGAGAGCAACGUAAACUGGAAGAGAUGCGUCGCAAGAAAGAAGAGGAGAUUUUGCAGAAACGACAAGAAUAUAUUGAGAAAACUAAGAACGCAUUGGUAUUCGGUGAAAUGCCGUCAGAGAAACCUGGUAAAAAGGGUAAAAGGCAACAAACUGACCAGUAUGUUAGUGAUAGUGGAGGAUCUGAUAGAGAUGAAGGCAGAGAAGGACCGAAAAAAAGAAAGGGUAAGAGGAAACCUAGCAGUGGAACUAAAGAGAGGAAGAGUAAAGGUAAAGAAAGACGCGGGAAGGAUGUUGGAAGUGGCAGUAGCGGAUCUGUUAGUGAUCAGCCGAAACGGAAACGUGGCAACAAGAACGCAAGGACUAAAAGAGAAAAAACGCGUAAGGCCGCGGUUACCCUUAAGGUUAAUCUGGCUAAAUUGAAGGAAACUAUUUCAACGAACGAGUCAGACAGUGAUACGGGUGGCAUUAAAAUUGCUAGUGGUGGCGAAAGCGGUAAAGAGAAUCAACCGCAUGGCAGCAAACAAAUCGUCUCUGAUUCCGAAGGCUCUCGCGGCUCACGCUCGAGAUCACGUUCAAGGUCGAAAUCCGCUAUCCAUUCGAGGAUCAGAUUACGUUCAGCUUCUUGUUCGUGAUCUUCAUCACGAUCGCGCUCUCGAUCUGCUUCGAGAUCCAGAUCGAGAAGCGUUUCGAGAUGAAGAAGCUGGUCGGUAUCCUGGUCAAGAUCAGCCAAAAGCCGAUCGAGAUCAGGUUCGCGCAAAAGCGGCUCGUGGUCAAGGUCUAACAGUAGCUCGCGAAGAAGUGGAUCAAAGCCAAGAUUAAGACCGAGUUCGAGAAAGAGCGGUUCUAGGUCUUUCAGUUGUAAUUCAAUAAUGUGA